UUGAUUCGCUUCAAGAGCUUGCGUCCGGCUCACCACAAGACCGAGAUGGUGCUGAUCACAAACCAUUUUGCGGUACGGAGCGGCAGCCUGAAAGACAGCCUUCAGCAGGCAGUGUAAUCUACAGAAGCUCUGCAGCGUGCAGUGGCUGAUUAACCUGUGGGUUAUCAGCGCACAACGAACUAACAUGCAUUUCGCCUGUGGACCCGAUACGCACCCGACAACAUCGUGCGGAGGAUGUGUGAGGAUACUUGGCGCGCGGUCAGCGAUGGGCUUACCCGGAUCCGCGACCGGUGUAGAGUGACUCCUACGUACGUCGCGUGCGUGUGUAGGAAAUCUCCACCGUUGCCGUCGCGGAGUAUCCGAGUAGAACGCGCCCUCUGUGACGGAGGCUGCAGGGAGAGUAUUCACACCGCGGAAUACUCUCAGGUAGAGUGGUCUCACGUCGCCGUCGGAUGAGCCACUCGAGCCGGGUACGAUGACAUUACCAUCGGGAUUCAUCUGAGUCCUAAGCGUAAAAGACCCGUACUUGUGCUGUGACAGGCGUGAGUCUAGGAUAAGCUGCUCUCGAUUCGGCACACGGCGGGCACAAACCUAGGGUUGCCAGCCAAGAAAGGAGGAAGACCGGACCACAGUCGGAGUAGAAUAUCCUUUCGGUGGGGGCCUUCGAGUAGUGUGCGUCCGAUCCUGGCAGUAAAGCUUGCAAAGAUGAUACUUUACUAUCUGUGUAUGCCGAGCUAGGCUUGUGAUAUAGCUCAAUUGGCAAGUCUGUUGUCUCCUGAGCCGAUGUCCGCGAGUUCGAGCCCAAGAGCAAAACUUCGAACACAGUUGUACCAGAUAAGUUUUUCAAUAACGAUCCGCCAACUGCACCGUUGAUAAUGUCGCGAAUGCCAUAAAGAUGGUAAAACGACUUUAAUCGAAAAAAAAGUAUUCAGAGCUGCUAAGUACGUCGCGAAAGUUCUGUAGGAUACCGGGUGAGUCACUCGAGUCGGUGUAGGAUGCGUCAUCGCCGGGAAUCACCCGAGUAGUUUGAUGAUUGACGAUCGGCCCAACUUUAAAAGCCACGUCGAGUAUGUGUACAAGAAGGCAGCAACAGCAAUGACCGCAAUUACCAGGAUAAUGGCGAAUAAUUCAGAGACCGGAAGCAGUCAGCGGAGGGACAUCCUGGGAUGGAUCGUAUGAAGGCGUUGGCUAGAAGUUUCGUUUACUGGCCAAACAUAGACGAUGACGUGGAAACCUGUGUUCGACAUUGCAGUUCCUGUGCAGAAGCCGCAAAAUCUCCGAGGAAAACCAAUUUAGAGUCAUGGUCGAUUCCAACGAAGCCCUGGGAGCGCAUCCAUGUCGAUUACGCUGGCCCUAUGGAUGGUUACUACUACCUGUUUAUCGUUGACGCGUAUUCCAAAUGGCCCGAAGUUUUCCGCACCCGCAGUACGACUACCACCGCAACACUGGAGAUCCUUCAAGAAACAUUCGCAAGGUAUGGAAAUCCGCGUACCCUGGUAUCAGACAACGGUUCCCAGUUCGUGAGCUCAACGUUCAAGCAGUUCUGCGAAUCAAACGGAAUCCGCCACCUAACCACGGCUCCGUAUCACCCACAGUCAAACGGACAGGCUGAAAGGUUCGUUGACACAUUGAAAAGAGGUCUCAAGAAGCUCGUUAAGGGGGAAAGCACAGCAACUUUCCAGCAUCUCCAAAUUCUGCUGUCCAUGUACCGUUCAACACCUAAUCGGAACGCUCCUGAAGGAAAGACACCUGCUGAACUUUUCCUGAGAAGACCGGUUCGAACAACUCUGGAUCUUGUCAAGCCGCAGAUUCCGAGCCCAUCUGAAGUGAACACGAAGCAAAACGAUCAAUUCAACAGACGCUACAACACCAUCAAACGAGAGUUUGCCGCAAUGACCUGGUCUACGCAGAAAUUCACCGACGCAACACAACCGAGUGGGUUCCUGGAACGAUUGUAGAACGCAGAGGCCGAGUGA